AUCUACACUGAUCAUCAGUGCCCUGAUGAUCAGUGUAGCCCCAUCAGUGCCACCUGUCAGUGCCCAUCAAUGUCACCUGUAAGUGCCCAUCAAUGCCACAUACCAGUGCCCAUCAAUGCCACAUAUCAGUGCCCAUCAGAGCUGCCUUUCAGUGCCAGUCAGUGCCGCCAGUCAGUGUUGCCUAUCAGUGCCUGUCAGUGCUGCUUAACAGUUUCAAUCAGUGCCGCCUAACAGUUCCUAUCAGUGCUGCCUAUCAGUGUCGCUUAUCAGUGCCAUAUAUCAGUGCCCAUCAGUGAUGCCUGUCAAUGCCCAUCAGUGCCACUUACCAGCGCCCAUCAGUGCAGCCUAUUAGUGCCCAUCAGUGCAG